AUGCAGACUACCGUCGAUCCCAUCCCUCGGAGGACACAGUUCUCCAGCUGCGAUGCUUGUCGCCAUUCUCGACUGGCCUGUGAUGCCGCUCGCAUUGGCUCUGGGCCUGGGAAGCCGGGGUGGUCGGGUUCUUGCUCGAGAUGCAGACGUCGGAAACGACCAUGCACUUUUGAGUGGAUGAAUAAUGCCAAAAAGGCCGGUGGUCGAGGUCCGCGGAAGGCUCGAACUCCUCCCUUGAAGACAGUAUCCUCGGAGCAAUCGUCACUGUCCCCAGAAGCUCGACAGCGUGACGCGGAAAAUGAUGCGUGGGUAGCCCAUUCCGAAUCUGCCUUCCAAGGUGCUCCGGAUCAUGUUCGAAGUCUCUCGACCGAGUCACCCAGCAUAGUUGCCGCUCCCGCUUCGUAUAUUCCGCUGACUCCACCUUUUGAAUGCACAACAUCAUCGGUUGGUGACUGGCUUGAGCGAAUCUAUGAAAGCUGCUUCGACAAUGUCUUUGGCUUUUGGAUGGGGAGACACGCAUGCGCUUUGGUUGCCGACCCCAACUCUAGUAUUAUCUCCCCUCCCAGUGGGUACUUUUCCGAACUGGACGAGUCUAUCUUCGGUGACUGGGGAACACGGAAUCAGCUCUGUAAUGCCCAGUCACCUCGUCACACACAACUGAGGUGGGACCAGAUUGACCAAUCCCUGAGGCAUGCCAAACGGUCAUUCGCGGCACGGUGGUUCCAUCUUAUUCCACCGGCUGAACGAGCAGGUAUUCUGCCUGAACACAUUGUGAGAGAGUUCUGGCGCAGGUCACGCAGGGAUAUGCUGAAGGUGGUCAACCGUGUGUCGUAUCGUUCUGCUCUGACACUAUUUCUCUUCUCCUUGACACCGGUCCCAGUGGGAAUAUCGGAAGACGAGGAGAUGGACGGCUUAUCAGGUCAACUUUGUGUCCAAGCCGCGUUGCAACAGAUCCAACGACUUCGUGAGGGGCAGCGCAAUUGCCAGUUUAGUGGAUCCAUGGUGGCGCAAGCGUCCGACCCAUUGACAAGCCCUGCGGCAAGUUCAAGACUCUCGGACAGCUUUUUGCGGACUGAAGCCCGGGCUUACUGGGCAGCGUUGACGUUCGACACAUCUUCCUCGCUCACACUGAAUCUGAGAUCGACACUGACGUCGGGACUGCAUGGCGCAGACACCGAAUCCUGUUGGCGGACGCUCAGAAUGGGUGCCGGAUCCUUCCACACAAGAACCGAAGAUUGGCGAAGGAACCCCUUCUCAAUGACAGAGGAUGAAGUCCUACAAGCCAUAGCUGCGGCGGCUGCGACAAAGCUGUAUGUGUGGAAGAUGAUUUCUGUCUUGAAGGAAGCACUCCGGGAAGGUUCCGAAGAUGAGAAGGUGCUUCGAGCCUGGACAUCAUUUACUGAAGCCAUCGAGAUAUUUCGAGUCACCUUUCGACCACUUUUGAACGAUUGUGAACGACGACUCCCGUUCCUCGGCCAGGUGGAGAAGCUGAAUUGGUACGAACUUAUGCUGCAUUAUUACAUGGGCAUUUUGAUUCUUGUCGACGCACUUGAGGUUGCGGAGCGCGAUGAUCUGCUCUCGCAACUGACAGACAUAAAACUCGAGGCCGAACAUCAGGUUUUCAGUGCGUUGAAAUUUGGCCUGGAGAGCAAAUAUACAGUUUUUGGAUCUCACCAAGGAGGUUCGACCAUGGGAGCGCAAAACUCCAACUCGGAUCAGAAGGCCACUGCAUCAUUUGUCGCUCUCGACCCAUAUCCACAUCAUGUCGUUGCAGCAGCCCAGCUUAUGGGGAAAGUCGUCAGCAGACAGUACCGACAGGGCCAGAUCAAAUGGGAGGCGUACAAAUACCUGAAUGGGACUCUCCUCAAGUGCCUUGCGGAACUACCUCAGACCUCCAAGUCUGUGCAAGCUGCUCGGCAAAAUCUGGAGUAUUCCCUCACAGGGCUCGAAAAUACCUCCAACCAGCUUCCCUACAGCCCUUUAUUCUCACGCCCCACGGUUGAAAGGUGA